GCGAAGCCCAGCUCAGCUGGGAGGACAAGUCGCUACACGGUGUGUUUUGCGAAGAGGUUCGCUGCAGGAGGGGGACUUGGAGAUCAGAGGUUGAGCCUAGAUGGGAAGCACACAGCUUAAACGCUCCCAGAUGCUCAACCUUCUGGCCGACUCCAGGGACAAAGCGAAAAGGCUGCUGCUGCUCAGAGAUGGCGACGUCUCGGCGCGGGGCUCGAAGGACCCGCAAGCUGCGCCAGUGGACCGUGGAGCAGGUGGAAAGCGGUCAGUUCCCGGGGGUGGUCUGGGACGACCCUCCCCACAAGACCAUGUUCCGCAUCCCGUGGAAACACGCAGGGAAGCAGGAAUUCCGGCACGAGGAGGACGCCGGCUUUUUCAAGGCCUGGGCCAUCUUUAAAGGAAAGUACAGGCCGGGCGAGCCCCUCGACCCUGCCACUUGGAAGACGCGCAUCCGCUGCGCUUUCUCCAAGAGCCCCGAGUUCGAGGAGGUACCGGAACGCUCCAAGCUGGGGACCGCAGAGCCCUACAAGGUUUACCGCCUAGUGCCGAUACCUGAGCAAGGGCUUGGGACCCAGGCCAAGGCGAGGAAGCCAAAAGCGCCCUGGCCGGAAUCUUCCAGUAGGUCUUCGGAGAAGGAGAACGGAGAUCCUGAUAGCAACCUCCCUCAGGCUCCAGCCGCCGCCUGCAGCUUGAAGACGGAAUCGAGCUCCACGUUAGAAGCCAUCUCUAGCCAGGCCCAAAACACAUUCGCCGCUUUGGUCGUCCCAUAUGGGGAGAUGAACCCUCAGUCCAUGGAGUCAGCGCUGGCUGUGAACGAGAUUGCUGCCUUCCACCAGAACCCAGAACCCGCCCAAGAUGUGCCCAUUUCAGAGACUGUUAGAGGGAACUUCUUCGUCAUCCUGUCUGUCACCUACGGCGGCAAGCAGGUCCUGAAAAGGUUGCUGCCGGAGGGCGAGUUCCUGGUCACUUCUGCCGCAGCCCCUCCGGGAAUGUCUGCCAACAGCAUGCGCCGGGUCGUGCUGCCGCCCGCCUCUAGUGUCGAGGACCCCCAGAAGGAGGCUGAUGUCCACCGGCUGCUGGAGGACCUGGAGAAGGGCAUCAUGGCGGCCAGCAACAUGGAGGGGAUUUUUGUUCAGUGCCGCGGCCGAGCCAGCAUCAGCACCCAGCCCCUUGGGAAGUUGCCGAGCAACUCCUUCCUUCAGUUGUUCAGCACCAAGGCAUUUAAGUCAGCACUGCAGGAAUACCAGCUGGGCCGUGGGCCUAAGCCUGAGCACCAAGUCACUCUCUGUGUAGGGGAGGAAUUGGGGCAGGACUGCGUGGACAGCAAGCGGAUCGUCAUCCAGAUGGAGCAGGUAUUUGCUUCGGCUGCAGUCUCUCCUCCCGCGGUAGAACCAGCUGCUCCCCAAGUCCUCGUUGUCCUUUUGGAUGCCUCCGCUGAGAAUGCUCCUGGGGCACCUGAAUGCUGAGAUGGCAAAAGGAAUCACCUGUCCUGUCCCUCCGAUUUUGGGGGCUGCUGACCUGCUUGUGGUACAGACCCACCCGGGAUCUUGGAACAGUUCCUCGGAGCGGCACUUCCUACUUUGCUCAUUCCUGCACAUCGGAACAACUUCUACCUGUGAACUUGCAUUAUGUAGAAAAAGUGUGAAACACUAGAGGGGAAACACUGGUGGCAAUUAUUUCCUGGUAGUAUCCUGAGAUGAGAGCGAGGGCUUUUCCUCUCCUAAUUAGCAACGAUAAGCUCCUCCUCCUCCUUUUUGCAGUUCCCGGCUGAGGAAUGGCUGGGAAGUAAUACAAAACCUUGUGGAAACACCCCCCCCCCUUUUUUUUUGCCUCCCUCAUUCCCGUGCCUACUGAGCUCAUGCCUUCUUGCACUUUAUUAGUACAGUAUCUAGGAAAAUGUCUUUAGUAUCUAGGAGACUGCCUUUCACGCUUGCUGUGUGGAUCUGAAAAUAUUUGUUUAAAUAAUAAAGUUUUAUUGGAAAUGGACACUGGAAUCUGGUGUGGGAGCUUUGAAUCAUGUGGCAGAGAAUCCCACAGAUUUCACGUUUUGUGAGGGAGUGUUUUUUCUUUAUUUUCUGUCUGCUUGAAUCCUGGAUGUCAGACAAUCCUGACCUAUAGGGAAGCUAUAGGCACCGUAAAGGUAAAGGGACCCCUGAUGCUCAUUUCGCGUUAUUGGCCGAGGGAGCUGGCAUACAGCUUCCGGGUCAUGUGGCCAGCAGAACUAAGCCGCUUCUGGCGAAACCAGAGCAGCGCACGGAAACACUGUUUACCUUCCCGCCAGAGCAGUACUUAUUUACUUGCACUUUGACGUGCUUUCGAACUGCUAGGUUGGCAGGAGCUGGGACCGAGCAAUGGGAGCUCACCCUGUCGCAGGGAUUCGAACCACUGACCUUCUGAUCGGCAAGCCCUAGGCUCAGUGGUUUAACCCACAGCGCCACUCGCGUCCCUAUAGGCACCUUAAAAAGCCAUUUCAUCCAGAAUGUAACCAGAGACCGGCCCCCUAGACCAGGCAUCCCCAAACAUCGGCCCUCCAGAUGUUUUGGACUACAAUUCCCAUCAUCCCUGACCACUGGUCCUGUUAGCUAGGGAUCAUGGGAGUUGUAGGCCAAAACAUCUGGAGGGCCGCAGUUUGGGGAUGCCUGCCCUAGACAGAAUCCACUGCGUUCUCAAGUAACACAUCCCAGGGAACAUGAAGCAUUUUCCUUUCACUGCAUUGAACUCUCUAACCUUUUUCCAAAAUUCAAAAACGAUAAUGGAAAUGCACUUAAAAGAAACAGAAUCCUUGGGGUUUAUUUUUUUCUAUCUCUUGCUUUUCAUUAUUGAUCUGGGCGUUUACUGCUUUGAGUUUUCACAAUGUGCAUGCCAGGAACAGGCAGAAAUCUGUUACAGUAAUUUUGUUUCUGAAAUGCCCCCCCGCCCCGAAUUUGUUCCUCUCUUUUACUAUGUUCUUGUCAUUUUUUAUAUUCUGGAGAGAGAGAGAGAGAGAGAGAGAGAGAGAGAGAGAGAGAGAGAGAGAGAGAGAGAGAGAGCAACGUCUUCUCUAGAGAUGGCCCAAAAAGCUGUACAGUAGUUACUCUUUUGAGACCUUGAAGUUUUCACAAUAGGAAGUGAAAGUGAAGUUUUCACAAUGGGAAGUUAAUUCAGUUGCCACAUCAAAAAACCAAAUACGUACCCCAAGAUCCAUGCCCGAAUUGACCAGUUACACCCCCAUCGUCCCAAUACUCCUUUACUUGGAAGCACGUUUCAUUCAGUUUGGUCAGAUUCUAUGUAAAGGGCUCCCUAAAAACGAGUAUGAUUCUGUGUUUAAGUCUGGCGCUGGCUGGUGCCUUCUAAGCCUCACAUGUGGUUGAUGAGUCACUGUUUUCCCUGUGGUUUCCCUGAACCGAUACUGUUUGCUGUCUUUUUGCUGAUUCAUACAUGCCUGCUCAUCAGUCAUCGACAGCUGCAAAAAAGCUGUUCGGUGGGACUAACCAGUGUGCUCUCCUUGCUAUCCCAGGCUUCCAGUGUUUUGUGUCUCCCACCAUUUAAAAAACAAACAGAACAAAUAAACAGUUGGGAUCCUAAGGGCGUCAGCUGUUUUGGUUUCACUGGAUCAGACCAAAAGCCUACCUAUUCUGGCAUCCUGUUCUCCAUAGCGCCUGUUAUAA